AUGCUUACUUUGUAUAUGCAGGCAUUGCUGGAGACUCCGAUUUCUCUACUGCGACUUCCUGGGUUCGUCAUCUAUGCCAUAAAGAGCUAUCUGUCGUCCACAGAGCGUGCCAAGGCACGCCUCUGGCAGGACCAGACAAUGACAUAUGGGGAUGUGGUACCAGACCACACCAUGGUCAUACUUCUGGGCGUUGUGUUUGCGGCAAUCAAUCCAAUCAUCACUGUGACAGCACUGGCAUAUUUCCUUGUGAACACCAUUGCCUGGAGGUACCAGGUUUUGUACGUCUACAAGGAGGAAUACCAGUCAGGUGGCAAGAUGUGGGUUCAGGUGUUUGAUCAGGUCUUGCUUGCUCUGCUUCUCAUGCAAGCCAUGAUCAUUGGCCUGCUUGGCAUAAAGAAAUUUGCCUUUUCUUUGCUGGUGAUCCCACUUCCCUUCAUCACACUCAGCUUCAAGGUUAUUGCCGGGAAGGUGUUCACCAGACCUCUCAGUGUGCUGUCCUUAAGAGGGGCAGCCGAUCUCGACAGAAGUGACAAGUCCAAUGCGGAGAAAAACCCACCAAGCCUUGAGGAGAUGCGGGAAGCUGAUCGCCUCUAUCUGUCUCCCAACUUCAAAGUUGAGCUUGGCGAGUAUGAGGACCUGCUGAGACAAGCACGUACCGUUGGUGCAAAGCUCAAGGGCGAGGACGUGAAACUUUCCGAGCCAAUUCGUGACGAGGAGUUGUACUGGAGUGCCGAAGAGGAUGAGGGUGGCCCAUCUUUGGAAGGUGGCGAGUCGAACCAGGUGUGA